AAGAGGCAGCGUGGAGGCAGCCAGCCUGCGCGGCUUGUGCGCAUGUUUGGAUGUAACGUUAAUCGCGGUGCAGGUCCUUUCAUCAUUACAUGGUUGAUGCACAACUGUAAGAAGCGAGGGUUUGACACACAUAAACAGCGCUUAGAUCGGAGAUAUCGACAAAUCAGGUGGCAUCAUGAGCAAAGUGCAGGGUGGGAUGAAAUGCGUGAAAUAUCUGCUUUUCGUUUUCAACUUCAUCUUCUGGUUGUCGGGCCUGCUGGUGCUGGCUGUGGGACUUUGGCUCAGGUUUGACCCAGAAACAGUGAAGCUACUGACAGGAGAUGGUGCCCCUGACACAUUCUUCAUAGCUGUGUACAUCCUUCUUGGUGCAGGAGCGUUGAUGAUGAUCGUAGGGUUCUUUGGAUGUUUUGGGGCUGUUCGUGAGUCUCAGUGUCUUCUUGCAUCGUUCUUUGUUUGCCUUCUGAUAAUCUUUGGAGCCGAGAUUGCCGCUGGUGUGUUUGGAUUCAUAAACAAGGAGCAGAUUGUUGAAGAAGUCCAAAAGUUCUACAGUAGCUCCAUCUCUGCUGACGUCUCCAAUUCGAAUGGCACCGCCAUCGCACUCAUUUACCACCAGACUCUGAACUGUUGUGGAGGCUCAGCAUCAGACGCGACUAGCACACUUUGUGCAGACAUUCCCGAGGAGACACAGGACUGUCUCAGUGCAAUAACAGACUUCUUCAACGAGAGGCUUCAUAUCAUUGGAUAUAUUGGGAUUGGUGUGGCAGGAGUAAUGAUCAUAGGAAUGAUCUUCAGUAUGGUUCUGUGCUGUGCCAUCAGGAACAACAGGGAGGUCAUAUAGAUGUCCUGAGUGGAGGUUCACUGAAUAAUACAAAGAGAGAGUACAAUACAUCCCAGACGUCCCAGUUGUCCGCGGGCCAAAUUCAACACGAUACGCUGGAUCGUUAUUUUCACACCGUCUCCUCAACUCCACCAGCGCUGAUAAUUUAUUUCUCUGUCCUUUUCCAUAACACAUGCUCUGCUUUUGGCACAACUCUGUGACACUUCUCGGUUUUAACAUCUUUUUUCUUUUUUCAUUGCUGUUGCUCCACAGGGGCGACAGUGCUGCACAUGACGAAGCCUUCUUUGACACAGGAAAUGUUGUGACUGAGGAGUAUUUGCUGUAAAUAUGGACACCUUGCCGUUAACAUUAUUUAUCGUGCCUAUUCUAGCAUCUUUUAUGUAAUUUCUAGGCCUUACGCCAAUCAUACUUUGUGUGCUUAAAUGUUUUGAGGACUUGUCUACCUUUGCAAAGUCGAUUUCCAUUAUGUGCCUAUAUCUAGUCACACAGACAAGCCUGCAGCUGCUGUGCUAUUUAUCUAUUCCAUGUGAUUUGAAUAUGUACAUAAUGACUGUGCUUGCUCCCAGCCACCACUCUCAAGUAUUUCUACUUUAAAGCACAAUAGAAGAAGUGUAGAUGUGAUAUCAACCCAAAGGGUUAGGAAAGGUCUGAUGAAAAACUGCCACUCUGUGAAUCUCCAAAUUCAUCUAAAAGGUCACGAGUAAUACGACGUCUUGAGCUCUUCUGGAGCAUGUGUGAACUGUAACAGUGAGCUAGUCUUUUGCAUUUUGUGUGUGAAUUAUUUUGGAUGUAAAUUUUGUUGGUGUGCCAAUAAGAUGUGAAUUAUAGAAUAAUAUAGUUUGUCAUACCGUUAACCAUAAUUAAAAGAAGAAACUGGGUGCUUUUA